AUGUAUUCUCUGAUUCUCCAUGGUAGAAGGUUGGUCCUCGAGUUGCAGAAAUGUCGUCUUUUGCGAUUUGGAGUGGAAAAUCAAAAUCCGUUCUUUGCUUUUUCCAAUUCCUUCUCCUCUGCAGCUGUGACAGUUGAAGAUGGUCGAAAAGGUCAGAACUUUACAGUCUCUUACCUCGUUGAUUCAUUGGGUUUAACCACAAAACUCGCAGCAUCAAUCUCCAGGAAAGUCUGUUUCGAGGACAAGGUCAAUCCUGAUUCUGUUCUGAGUCUUUUUAGAAGUCAUGGGUUCACAGAUUCUCAGAUCUCCAGCAUCAUUACGGAUUAUCCACGGCUUCUUAUAGCAGAUGCUGAGAAAUCUCUUGCUCCCAAGCUUCAGUUUCUGCAGUCGAGAGGAGCUUCAAGCUCUGAGCUCACAGAGAUUGUUUCAACAGUUCCGAAAAUGUUGAGAAUGAAAGACGAAAAAGCUAUAAGCGUAUACUAUGAUUUCGUUAAAGAGAUUGUAGAAGCUGAUAAGAGCUCAAAGUUUGAAACUUUAUGUCAUUCUUCUUUGCCACAAGGUAGUAGGCAGGAUAAUAAAAUCAGAAAUGUAAUGGUUUUGAGAGAAUUGGGUGUGCCUCAGAGGUUGUUAUUCUCAUUGCUCAUCUCCAAGUUCCAACCUGUCUGUGGGAAAGAAAAAUUUGAAGAUACCGUUAACAAGGUUGUUGGGAUGAGCUUUGAUCCAACCAACUUCAAGUUUGUGCAAGCUCUAAACGUUAUUUACCAGAUGAGCGACAAAACAAUACAAGAGAAAGUCAAUGUCUAUAAAGGUUUAGGCUUUGAUGUGAUAGAGGUAUGGGAGAUGUUCAAGAAGUGGCCUCUCUUUCUGACUUUCUCGGUGGAGAAGAUAAGUCAGACGUUUGAGACCUUGAAGAAGUUUGGACUUGUCGAAGACGAGAUCGUCUCAGUGUUCAAGAAGUUUCCGCAAUGCAUUAGUUAUUCAGACCAGAAGAUUGAGAGUUCCAUUCAGACAUUUUUGGAACUAGGAUUCAGCAGAGACGAGUUUUCGCAGAUGGUCAAGCGCUUUCCUCAUUGCAUUGGAUUAUCUGAUGAGAGUCUGAAGAAGAAGACUGAGUUUCUUGUGAAGCAGAUGAAAUGGCCACUAAAGGCUGUGUUUUCAAACCCACAGGUGCUUGGAUUAAGCAUGGAGAAGAGGAUUGUGCCAAGGUGUAACGUAAUCAAAGCUCUCAUGUCCAAAGAACUGCUCGGAAGAAAUGGUGAACUUCCAAAAAUGUCGAUGUUUCUGAGUACUGAUCAAGCUUUCUUAAACAAGUACGUUAGGAAACACGAUGACAAGGAGCUGGUCCCUGAAUUGAUGGCUAUAUUCACCGGAGCUCGUGUUUCCGUUAACGAGCAACGUUGA